UCGACGCAAAAAUCGCGUGCGGACGUUGCUACGAACGAGACGCGCUCAAACGUAACGUGGAAAUAAAUUGAUAAAUUAAUCAAAAGCCGUGAAAAUUCGCAACGCGUUGUUGCGUCCUGCUAAACACACACUUACACAUAUAAAAGUUAAAGAGAUGGCACUGGUGCCUGCAACAAAUACUAAUACAGACUGGGAUUAUUGGGAUUAUCGUCGUCGCUUGUGGCGCGACUGGGACUUGGCUGCCGAUUGGGAUGUGCCUUACUGGAAGCGCUUGUCGCGCGUUGGAUCUGCCCCAGAUCUGAGCCGCGUUGUUGUGGGCAAGGAUGGCUUCGAGGCCAAUGUCGAUGUGCAUCUGUUCAAGCCCUAUGAGAUCACGGUGAAGACCACAGGCGACACUGUCGUCGUCGAGGCCAAGCAUGAGAAGCGUCGCGAUGGCGACAGCUUUGUGGGUCGUCACAUUGUCAAACGUUUUGUGCUGCCGCGUGGCUAUUACCCCAACGAUGUGCGCUCCGAGCUCUCCUCCGAUGGCAUCUUGACCGUGCGCUGUCCGCCGUAUCUGAGCAACGAGCGCAGCGUCUAUGUGCGCCAAGUGGGUCCGUCCUAUCUCAGCAUCAAGAACUAACCAAUGGACGUGGAAAUUUUGGAAUUUUAUUUUCAAUUAAUUAAGUUUGCUGUUUACUACUUUUAUUAUUUUUCUUUGUUGGCACUGCCUUUG